UGUUUUUAUGUGGCGACCUAAACUUGAGUUGUAAUAUUCUUGCAGGUAACCACCAAAAAAAAAAAAAAUCGAAGCAAAAAAACCAUGUUCCAGAAGUUCGAUCCGACCAACCAAGAAGCUUGUCUUGCCGUGCUUGAAGAUGUCACCGCAGACGCGAAGCAGAUUCAAGAAUCGGUGUUGGAAAAUAUAAUUUCUCGUAACGCCCAGACCGAAUAUCUCGGAAGAUUUCUCAACAGAGAAAUCGAUAAGAAAAGUUUCAAGAAGAACGUGCCCGUCAUCGCCUACGAAGAUCUCAGACCGUACAUCGACCGUAUCGCCAAUGGAGAGCCGUCGGAUAUCAUUUGUGCCCAACCCAUUACUGAAUUCAUGUCCAGCUCGGGGACGUCCGGAGGUGUCCCGAAGUUGAUUCCCAUGACGGCCGAAGAUUUGGACCGACGUAAAUAUUUUGGGCCUCUCUCGUCGGCUGUAUUGGGAAAGCACAUCGAAGGUCAUAAACAAGGAAAGGGGUUGCAGUUCUAUUUCAUCAACCGAGAAAGCGAGACGGCCUCUGGUUUGAUAGUUAGAACUAUGUUAACCAGCGUUUUGAAAAGUGUUAGCGCGGAGCAUAUGAAGUUUUGGGACAGAGUUAAUGCAAGUCCAUAUGUGGUCACGGUAUGUGAAGACACUAAGCAAAGUAUGUAUUGCCAAUUGCUAUGUGGGCUGGUGCAACGAGAUCAUAUAGUUAGGCUCGGUGCACCAUUUGCAUCUUCCUUCCUAAAAGUAAUCAAGUUCUUGGAAGAUCACUGGCAAGAGUUAUGCUCGAACAUAAGGACCGGUCAUAUUAGCGAGUGGAUCACAGACAUCAAAUGUAGAACUUCGACUUCUAACAUCCUCGGCGGUCCAAAUCUUGAACUAGCUGAUUUAAUCGAACGCGAAUGCGGUAAAACAUCGUGGGAGGCCAUAGUGAGAGGACUAUGGCCAAGGGCAAAGUGCAUCGAAGCCAUUGUUACGGGUUCAAUGGCACAGUACGUGCCGUUACUGGAAUUCUACGGCGGAGGCCUUCCUUUGGUUGCCACAUUUUAUGGAAGCUCCGAGUGUUUCUUCGGCAUCAAUUUCGACCCUUUGUGUAAGCCGAGUGACGUCUCAUAUACCAUCAUUCCAAACUCAGCAUAUUUCGAGUUCUUAGAGGUAGACAAAACCCAAAAAGAAGGUGUUGUUGAAGUGGUUGAUCUCGUGGACGUGAAAAUAGGUCAUUACUAUGAACCUGUGGUCACAACGUUUGCCGGUUUAUACAGGUACCGAGUAGGGGACGUGUUACGGGCAACCGGUUUCCACAACAACGCACCUCAGUUCCAAGUCGUGGGAAGACAAAAAGUGGUGUUAAGCAUCGACAUGGAUAAAACAUACGAGGAGGAUCUCCUAAAAGCCAUGACACAGGCGAAACAUAAGCUCGAGCAACACAAACUGAUGCUGACAGAUUUCACAAGCUACGCAGAAACUUCUUCCUUCCCCGGACAUUAUGUGCUCUACUGGGAACUCAAGACCAAACUCAACGACAGAAAACUCGAGCUUGACCCUGUUGUAAUGGAGGAAUGCUGCUUCAUCGUAGAGGAAUCUCUCGACGCUGUUUACAGGAAAUGUCGGACCAACGACAAGAACAUAGGACCGCUCGAGAUAAAGGUGGUGAAACAAGGCACUUUCGACGAGUUGAUGAAUUUGUUCGUGUCCAGAGGCUCUUCGGUUAGUCAGUACAAGACACCUAGAUCUGUUGUAUUCGAAGAUGCCUUGAAGGUUUUGGAUUCUGGUGUUUUGUCCGAAUUUUUCAGCUCGAAAACUCCUUCGUGGGAGCUUCACGAGCUACAUUCUGGUCAAUAAGUCUUUUUUUUUUUUUUCAUAUGUUCAAGCUUUGGAUUUGAUGUUGAAUUUUUAUUCCAGUUGCAGCUUCAUUUGAUUUUG